GGCCGUGCGCCUGGUGCCCCUCCAGGCUCUUCCCGUUUCCUGAACGGUCUUCCAGACCGAACCUGAACCACUCCAGACCACCUCAGCGCACAGCCUUCCCUUUCCCUCUCCUCCACCUAGGAACAACCCACCUCCCCAAGUCUGGCCAACCAGGAUGUAGGACUAAUCCUAAACCAAUUAAGAACGUUAAUCCCUGAGGCCGGAUCUGCAAACUCCCUAAUCUCGGGGAGAGAGCCCGGCUGGGCCCACUCGCAGCCCCCUAGAAGCAGCAAGCACCUCCACUGGGGCGUGUGCAUUUACCACUUCCUGGUGAUUGGUGUGCUCAUCUCCUGGUGUCCCCAUUGUGCCUUGACUGGUGGAUCAGCUCCAGCAAAGCAAGCAGUCUAAUGGGCUGAAGUCAGAGGCUGAUACUUUCUCAUCUACAUUCCAACUGGUGGACCUAGGCCUCGUCCUGAGACAAAGAUGGUGGAUGCAAAGGCAGUCACAGACCAUGGCACCCCACAGGCCCUGGCACAGCAGCGCAGGGGAGUCAGCAAUGUCAUAGUGAAAACACCCUUCUAUCAGGUGUCCUGCUGUGGGCCUGCUCCUUGUACCAGCUGCUGCCACCUUUGGCGGCCCUCUCUCACCGUGUCUACUUGGAGCCGUCUGUUCUACACCCUCAUCCAUAUGGGGGCCUCAACAGUUUGCUGCCUCCUGCUGUCAAGGACAGUGGUGGAAAAAGUCUGGGGCAAGAUCCAGAUGCCCUCAGCAUUCUGUGCCCACCUCUUUGGGCACCCUGACUGUCCAGUGCUCAGUGGCUCUGGGGCUGUGUACCGAGUAUGUGCAGGAACUGCUACCUUCCACCUGGUGCAAGCUAUCCUGCUGGUCCACCUCCACUCCCCCGCCAGCCUAAGGGCACAACUGCAUAACAGCUUUUGGUUCCUGAAGCUGCUGUUGCUAUUAUGCCUCUGUGCUGUUGCCUUCUGCAUCCCAGAUGAGCAUCUCUUUCCAGCCUGGCAUUACAUUGGCAUCUGUGGAGGCUUCACAUUCAUCCUACUGCAGUUGGUGCUUAUCACAGCCUUUGCUCACUCCUGGAACAAGAACUGGCAGACAGGUGCAGCCCAAGACUGUAGCUGGUUCCUAGCUGUGCUGCUGGCUACCACAGGAUUCUACAGCGUGGCAGCCAUAGGAACUGUGCUCUUGUUUCACCACUACACACAUCCCACAGGCUGCCUGCUCAACAAGAUGCUGCUUAGUCUCAACAUCUGCUUCUGCGGCCUCCUGUCCUUCCUCUCCAUCACCCCUUGCAUCCGCCUCAAGCAACCCCGCUCUAGCCUUCUACAAGCCUCAAUCAUCAGCUGCUAUAUCAUGUAUCUGACUUUCUCUGCACUGUCCAGCCGCCCUCCAGAGAGAGUUCUCCUUCAGGGACAGAAUCAUACCCUGUGCCUUCCUGGUCUGAGUAAAAUGGAACCCCAAGUACCAGAUACCUCAGUAGCUGUGUUAAGUGCUGCCAUCAUGUAUGUUUGUGUGCUUUUUGCUUGCAAUGAGGCUUCAUUCCUGGCUGAGGUAUUUGGGCCCUUGUGGAUAAUCAAGGUUUACAGCUACGAGUUCCAGAAGCCCUCACUCUGUUUCUGUUGCCCAGAAUCGGCAGAGCCAGAGAAUGGCCAAAAGGGUGGAACAGCUAGGCCAGCUGACCAAGACCACCUUCCGGCAACUCCAGUACAAGCCCAGCAUCUUCCCUACAGCUACUCUGCCUUCCACUUCGUCUUUUUCCUUGCUUCACUCUAUGUAAUGGUUACUCUUACCAACUGGUUCAGCUAUGAAGGAGCAGAACUGGAGACCUUCACCAAGGGAAGCUGGGCCACCUUCUGGGUGAAGGUGGUCUCAUGCUGGGCCUGUGUACUCCUCUACCUGGUGUUGUUACUAGCACCAAUCUGUUCGUCUCCUACUGAGAAUCCUCAGCACCCUCUUAUCUUCAGGCAUCGCAUCAGUAUUAGUGGGUAAAAGCCUCCAGUCUAGGAGUUUUAACAACAAACUGGGAUUCCCUUAAUAUUGUGCUCCCUAGUCUUGGCUUAAGGGAGCUGCCCAGCACAGCACCCCAAGAGCAGAAAGGGAAGUUAUAUCCCCUUAGACUUAAUACUACAUUUAAUUGGAAAAAGUGGUCAAAGACACGUUAAUGCUACAGGCAGUAUGUGACUAAAUGAAGCUACCCGUUAUGUCUUCAUCCCAGUUUAAGAGCCUAACUCUCAAAUCAGCAGCUCAGGAACCACUGCUGAUCCUAGCAGACACUAUGGCACCAGCCCUUUCCUGGCUCCUGGUGGGGGUGGGGAAAGACCAACAAGGACUCAAGAUUGUCUUUGCCUUUGCAAAUAAAUAAGCAGUUCAGCCCUGGGCGCAGGGAUGUAAGAAGCCCAGAACCGCAGAACAAACCAGGCCACAGGAAGAAAGGAGCACAGAGGCUAUCCUAGGUUUUAGUCCUGACUCUGAGGUCAAGGGAAGUGGGAAGACAAAAACCACCCUCAUUCCAUGAGGAAUGACAGAAGAGAAUGUGAACAACACUGAGAGUAACUAACCUCAGGAAGUGGGCGAACAGCAGGACUUUUUGGCCAACUUUCAAGCAGACAAACAAACUAAGGAAGAAUGAGGAAGAGAGGUAUCAACUUAGGUCCUGGAGCAUUCCCUCUUAGGCCCUCGACUUCAUCCUGGACUGGUGUGGGGGACAAAAAUUACAGAAAAUAAGUCUCGAUGGUUCUUAAAGGGUUCCUCUACCACAUACCUGGAGUGCUUUUCUGGCCAUCAUAGUAAAAUAAAACUUCUUUCUGUGAUGUCUCA